ACCACGAAGAUCGAGUUUUCGGACGGCUCAUGGGCUGCACGCGACUCCUUUGGAACUUUCACAUCAUUAGACACUUCAACCGUCAUGGUUACUGCUGAUGUGUCUGUGUCUGCAACAUGCAGGCAAGCCACAAACCCUGCGCAACUCCUCCCAUGCCCAGCAUUUCCAGCUGCCGGUUAAGCCGAAGUCUUCAAACCUUGAACACUUCCGGUCUUGACACGCCCUCCUUCAGAUAUCUUUGUCGAGCCAUGGUAUAUCAGAGAGCUUCUGCUAGCUCUGCUCAGAAAUUUGCGAACCUGGCUAAUCGCAUCUCAUCAAAACGUCCUCCACGGUCUUGCCAGCGUUCUCGUUAGAAAGUUACAUGUACGACUUGCACCGCAUUCUCUCCACUUCAGCUUGCUUCCCCCUUAGCUUACUGUCCCUUAAACAUGUUCUUCCAAUGUCGUCCGAAGUCAAAAUCACACAUGCACGUUCUCUCCCCGUCCAGGCCCGACUGCGUACGUCAUGGCUGCACCCGGAGAGCGCUCCGAUGCGAGUCGAAGUCCCAGGGCCAGCAGCUACUGUCGCUCCACUGCAAAGAUCAUGCCUGUCGUUUCAGGCUAGGUGGUGUUAUGUGCCCCAACGCCAAGGACCCGGGCCCAUCUCGGUUCUGCGAGGAUCACCGUCGAUGCCACGCCGAGAGCUGCACCCUCCCACGGCUAUGUGCCGACAUCAGCCAGGACUGGGCCUACUGUCAAAAGCAUACUUGCUUUCUCGAAGGCUGUAAUCUCAAGCGUGCCGCUACCUCCAGCAUGUGCAGCAUCCACACACCCACCUGUCUCAUCCCGGACUGCCACGAGAUCCGAUCCGACCAGGGCCUCUACUGCCUCUCCCACAGCUGCUGCGCCAAAGACUGCGGAAAUGUCAUAAACGGCGGGAGCUGGUGCAAGCUUCACAAGACGUGUAAAGUCGAGGACUGCACGCAGCCGCGGGCUUCCCUGCCGGCACCCCGACCGACAUUGACGACCGCCACAGACGCAGAUGGCAUCGGAGGAAGCCUCCCGAAACAUUACGACUUUGAGGUUUGCUGGGACCACAUGCCUUCCCGCUGCCGGCACCCGGGCUGCUCGGCCACCCUCGACCGGGACGCCACCCCGGGCGUCCUGUUUUGCAGUGCGCACGAAUGUUGCUUCCCGGGAUGCCACGCCCCUGCCCCUGCCGCUGCCCCUGCCGCCCCCGGUGAUGCCGGACCAGGAGGAACAGGUGCAGGAAGGGGAGGGUACUGCGAUGUGACACACGCGUGCGCGGUGGCUGGGUGCGCUGCGCCGCGGGCUUCGGAUAGCGCUCUGUUCUGCGGAGUCCACCAUGCGGCGAUGCUGCGCGAGGCGUUGGCCGCUGCGGCAGAGCAACAGCAACAGCAGCAGCAGCAGCAGCAGCAGCAGCAGCAGCAGCAGCAGCAGAUACGUGGCGGCACAUAUGGGACCCCGACGGAGGAGGUGCUUUCGAGGCGGUUGCGCGAGGAGAGGGAUCGGUUGGAGGCCGAUAUGCGCUUGCGGGCCACGAGGGCUUGGAGGGACGGCAUCCCUUUCACCACGGCUGCCGGGUGGGUGCCCGGGCAGGUGCAGGCGUGGGGUAAGGGGGAUGGGAGUGACGAGGAUCGAGAGAGGGAAAGGGAGAGAGACAGCGGGAUCGGGACGAGUCCCCAGUCUUCGGACAGUACUGUGGUGAUUUGAGCGGACGGAAUGAUACGAAGGAAAAUCCGAUGGGCGGUUUGGAGAGGCGCCCGGCGUGUUUGUACCUGAGAUGUUGCUGAUUCAAAUACUAAAAUACACCGAGG